AUGAUAGUUAGCGAAAAAGUAAUUCACGUGUUCUUUGCAAAAAAAUAAACUAUUGUUUUUAAUGAAAAUAUCUAACAGUUAACAGAAAAUAUUUAGAAAUAAUAUUCUGAAAAUCCUCAUGAUAUAUAGUUGCAAACCAUCUUAGCUUAAAUUUACUAUAAAUAUUAAAAUAAUUACAAAAUUGCAUUAAAGAUGAUAAAAGAUAUAUUGAUAUAAGAUACAUUAGAAAUAGACGCAAGGCUUGAUUUAGCUGAAAUUAUGAUAGAUUUUAAUUUAGGAAGCAAAGAAGAUAUAUAAAAUUUAAUCUAUGAAUGUUAUAACUUAGAUUAAAAUUAUUGGCGUACAUAUUAUAUUCAUAUAAAAUACUACGAUUGGAUUCAAUCAUAAGAUCUAUUCCUCAUUAUUGUGCUCAAGUAAUUUCUUAUAAAAUUCCCAAAUAAUAUAUGGUUAAAGGUUUAUCUGCUAUAAAUAUUAUCUGAUUAAAAUAAAUCUUAAUUAAAAGAAGAAAAUGCUUAAGAAUUUUUGGAUUCUGAUUUUCUUGACUAUGAUUUGAUGAGAAGAUUAGCUUACAUUCUAAGGAAUGAAGGAUUUAAUGAAAAAGCUCUAUAGUUGUUAGAGUAAGGUUUAAAUUUAAAUCCCAAUUCUUUUAUGUGUUUAAAUAAUUUAGGAUACUUUAUGAAAACUAAUCAUAAAAACAAUCUUGAAUGCAUAGAACUUUGUAAAAAAUCAUUACAAUAAAAUUUUAGAAAUUUGGCAACAUUAAAUAACAUAGCUUAUACAUAUGAAGACAUGAAUAAUUUCAAAGAGAGUACAAAGUACUUAAAAAGAUACUUAGAUAUUUAUUAGAGCCCUUAUUAAUUCAAAAGUAUUGCAUAUAAUUAUGAAUAAUUAGAAGAAUUUGAAAUGUCAUUUUAUUAUUUGUUAAAAGGACUUAAAAAGUUUCCUAAUUCUCCUAUCUUAAACAAAAGAUAGUAACUUAUAUUUUUAAAAAUAAGUGGUUAGGAAAUAAUAGACAAAGAAGAAUUCGAAAGUCUUUCAUAAAAAAACUGUGAUUUAUAAUUAAAAUUAAAUGAGCCUUACUAUUAUAACCCUCAUCUAAUAUUGAACUUUGUAUUUAAAUGA